AUGCUGCGAUCAGCCCUGGCGGGGCCAACGCUGAUGGAGCUACAGUCUGAACGAACAGAAAUUCAUCGCAAGUACGCCGAGAAGUUGAUUCAGCGCGGCCACGCAUACCGAUGCUUUUGCUCCCCGGAGCGGCUGGACGCCCACGCGAGACAUCGAAGCCAAGCGGGCCUUCCUCCGGGGUAUGAUAGGAAAUGCGCCAGCCUGUUGCCUGCACAUUCGGAAGAACGGGCAGCUCUAGGGGAGUCGCACGUCAUUCGGUUGAGAGUUGAGGACCACCCGUACAGAUACCCUGUUUACGAUGAUCUUGUGUAUGGCGAGACAGGACACAAGGGCCCGCCCACCAAGUUGGAUCUUAUCGACCGUGUUUACGAUGAUCCUAUCCUGAUCAAAUCCGACGGCUAUCCUACCUAUCAUUUGGCGAAUGUUGUGGAUGACCAUCUCAUGGAAAUUACCCACGUUAUUCGUGGCACUGAAUGGAUGUCGUCGACUCCUCUGCAUGUUCUGUUAUAUAAAUGUUUUGGCUGGAAGGCGCCACGCUUCGCCCACGUACCUCUGCUGGUGGACCAUUCAGGGCAAAAGCUCAGCAAGCGCAAUGCUGAUAUCGAUCUGUCACAUUUCAGAGAUCAGGGCGUAUUUCCUGAACCUUUGCUAAAUUUUGCCGCGCUGUUGGGGUGGUCACACAAGGAGAAGAAUGAUAUCUUUGACCUUAAGAAGCUGGAGCACCGUUUCACUCUCAAAUUCACCCGCGGCAACACCACUGUCGCCUUCGAGAAACUCUGGUUUCUCCAGUCCGCACACGUCAAACGCUAUGUGGACGGCAACAUGCCCCAAGUUAAUGAGAUGAUUUCUGCCGUCGCCAAAGUCGUCCAGUCAACUGCAUCACCAGAGCAGCUCUCACAGAUCCUGCAGUCGCGCCCUCUCGUGGACAUGAUUACUCCACUCAUCAAAGCAGAUGCCAAAAACUACACAAAUCCAAAGGAAUUUGUCGCUCGCAAUUCUACUUUCUUCACAACAGAUAUCUCCCGGCCCCCAUAUGACCGUGCGGUGAUACAAUUUGUUAUUCCAUUUUCCUCGCUCCAUACUGCUGCUGCCGCCGUGACUCUCAUCCCUAAAUCACACUGGACCCUAGAAACGCUGAGGGAAAACUUCGCAACUUACGACGCCGCAAGCGCGGUUCCUGAGGAGGUGAUGACUGUUGAUGCAGAGAAGAAAUUCAAGAAAGAGCUGUACCACUACCUCCGCUGGGCGUUGUCGGCAGGUGCCUCUGGUCCAACAGUCCCGGAGAUAAUGAUCAUUCUAGGACGUGAAGAGACAUUGAAGAGACUGGAGGAGGCGAGGAAGUUGACGACGGAGGACGGUGCUGUUUCUCCUGUUGCUGCUAGGUUAAUGAAGGAAAAGGGGCUUGAGCCGAAGACUGGGUCCGCGAAUAAGGCACAGACCAAAGGCCAUUCAUGGACGCCUCACCCGUCCUUACCGUCAGCCAGCUAAGCUCUAUCAAGCUGUGUAUAGAACAUAAUGUAUAUCAUUAUACCGCAAAUGUACAAUACCUUGUCUAUCG